UAGUGAGUAUGUGCAUGCCAUGCUUGAUGCUUCUUCCCAUUUGAAGUGAAACGACUCUGCACUUGCCGCCCCUUUCAGUAAAAACCCCACCUCAAUCCCGGAGGAGAUCCAACUAAGUUAUCUAAACGAAGUUCCGAUCUAUCUACUGCCUAUUUAUUGCUCAAGAUCUGUUAAGCAUAAGCAUACCUUCAAUGGCUUCUUCAAGUUCAAGCGUUCACAACAAGAGCUACCUGUAUGAUGUAUUUCUUAGCUUCAGUGGUGAAGACACCCGCAAGACCUUCGUUGAUCAUCUUUAUGUUGCUCUUGAUCAACAUGGUAUUCGCACGUUCAAGGAUGACGAGAGACUUGAGAUAGGAAAAAAGAUCAACAAUGAGCUCUUACAAUCCAUUGAAGACUCCAGAGUCUACAUUAUUGUUUUCUCCAAGAAAUAUGCAUCUUCAUCAUGGUGCUUAAGCGAGUUACUGAAGAUCAUGGAGUGUCAUAACAAGGGCGAGAGGUUUGCCUUCCCCGUGUUCUACCAUGUGGAUCCCUCUGAAGUCCGAAAACAAACUGGAUCUGUUGGAGAAGCCCUUGCCAAUCAUAAAGAUAAGGAUGAAUUAGAGGUUAGAAAAUGGAGAGAGGCUCUUAAAGAAGCAGCCAAUUUGUCUGGUUUGGACGUGUCAAAGACUGCUAAUGGGCAUGAAGCUAAAGUUAUCAAAUUAAUGGUUGAGCGGGUUUCACUUGAGUUACGUUCCAUUAAUAUAGGGGUUGAUGAGAAUUUAGUAGGCAUGGAACAAAGGAUGCAAGCUCUCGAUCCUUAUUUAGAGAUUGGUUUGAAUAAUGUUCGCAUGGUAGGGAUUAAGGGCGUGGGGGGUAUUGGAAAGACUACUUUGGCCUAUGCCAUUUUUGAUAAGUUGACCCCUAAUUUCGAGGGUAUUAGCUGUGUUGAAAAUGUUAGGGAAAAAGCCUCUCGGUUAGGUUUAGAGAAGUUGCAAGAACAAGUCCUUAGAGAUGUAUUAAAGGAUAAAGGCAUCACUGUAAGUGGUGUUUAUGAAGGGAUAAAGCUAAUGAAAACAAUGUUAUGUGGGAAAAAGGUUCUACUUGUUCUCGAUGACGUGGAUCAAAUAAACCAACUUGAGGCAUUAGCAGGUAAUCCUAAUUGGUUCAAGUUGGGAAGCAGAAUUAUAAUUACAACUAGGGACGAGCAAGUGCUCAUAGCACACAGAGUGAAAUGUAUCCAUGAUGUCACUAUGCUGUCAAAUAAGGAAGCAAUUCGCCUCUUCCGUAGGUAUGCAUUUCGAGAAGGUGUUCCAACUAAAGAGUAUGAAAUUUUAUCACUCGAAGUUGUACGUUAUGCUGAUGGUCUUCCCUUAACAAUCAAAGUUUUAGGUUCACAACUCUGUGGUAAAGAUAAUAGGGAAUGGACGUCUACACUAGAAGAACUCAAAACAAUUAAGUUCCCUCUUAGAAAGUUGGAACUAAGUUAUGAAAGCCUAGAGGAAGAUCACAAGAAAAUAUUCCUAGAUGUGGCAUGCUUCCUUCAAGGUUGGUAUAAAGACGAUGCAAUAAGAAUGCUUGAAAGUUGUGGAUUUAAUGCUAAAUAUGGUUUAAGAGUUCUUGAGCAAAAAUCUCUAAUCGUAACUUUAGAUGGAAAACGUGGCGGAAUCAUAGGCAUGCAUGACCAUCUAGUAGAAAUGGGCAAGAAUAUUGUAUGUCGUGAGCAUCCGGAGGAGCCUAACAAACAUAGUCGAUUGUGGAUUCAAGAGAAAAUCGCACAUGUCUUGGCUAGUAACUCGGGUAGUGAAGCAACAAGAUGUGUAGAUCUAAAGAUAACUUGUGGUAUUUUUUUGGAAGGUCUUGAAAAUAUGAAGAAACUUAAAUGCCUUAUUGUGAACCAUGGAAAGCACAAAUGUUCUCAUGACCUUGUGAGCGACCUGUGGAAUUUUUUUGGAAUGUUUUGGAAACAUGACAAAGCUCGCCAGUAUUUUCCAAACUCGUUACAAUAUCUAUAUUGGGAUGAAUACCCUCAUUUGUGUUUACCCAAAACAUUUGAAGCAAAUAAUCUUGUUGCACUUGAAAUGCGCGACAGCAAAAUCGAACAACUUUGGGAAGGUGAAAAGGUUAUGAGGAAGCUCAGAUUUCUUGAUUUGAGUUAUUCAAAUUUAAGGAGCCUUGACCUUCGGCUCACACCCAAUCUUGAGAGGUUAACUCUUCAUUGUUGUUAUAAAUUGGUAGCACUUGACGUGCACGGUGAAUGUCUAAAAAGCCUUGUCUAUUUAAACCUAAAUAGAUGCCAUAGUUUGAAUUUGAAGUCUAUAUCUUUUAUCAAGCGGUUGGAAUCUCUUGAGGUUCUUCAUCUAAGUUAUUUAGAUCUGAGAGAAUUCCCGGAAUAUAUAAUCACAGAGCACUCCAAGAAUAAUUUGUUAGAGCUUCAUCUUUCACGCAAUAACAUAGAAGAAAUACCCUCAUCAAUUGGAAAUCUUAAUAAGCUUGUCUCUCUAGAUCUUUCCGAUUGCUAUAAUUUUAAUUUCAAGAGUCUUCCAGGAAGCAUUUGUAGGUUACAACAUUUGAGAACUCUUAACCUUUCUUGCACUCGCAUAGAGGAAUUGCCAGAGGACUUUGGUCAACUGGAAUGUUUAGAAGAGCUAAAUUUAAGUGAUACAAUAGUUAAACAUCUCCCUGGUAGCAUUUGUAUGUUGAAACAUCUCAAAACCCUAAUUCUUAAAUUUUGUACUUAUCUUGAGAAGUUACCUGAGGAUGUUGGCCAAUUAGAAUCUUUGGAGAUAUUAGAUCUAGGAUUUUGCUUUCAUUUAAGAGAAAUUCCCAACAGCAUCUGUAAGUUGAAUUGUCUCAAAGAGUUGCGGCUUGAAAAAUGUACGGGGCUUAAACAUUUGCCAGAGGAACUAGGAAACUUAAAAUGUUUACAGUUAUUAAGUGUUUGGGGAACUGGCAUAACUCAGCUUCCACAGAGCAUUUCUUCCUUUAAAGGUUUGAAAACUGAAACAUGGAAUGGAAUAUUAGAUGCUUUCAAGAAGCAAUGGAGGAAGGCUGACAAUUGGAAGUACAACACAGAAUGAUCAACAAAUAUGUUUUUCACCUCUUCCCCAGUUGUCCAAUUUUACGUUUUCUACAACCAAUAAACAGCAAUCAUUUUCGAUACGGAUGGAACUCUUUUUGUAUCAAAUCCUCCCCAUCACUAUGCCUUCCGUGAUAUGCUCCGAGAGGUCAUUUCUUCAACCAUUUGAUUUCGGUUUUAUCAUUUUGAAUCUUAUUAAAAUAUUCAAAUAUCUUGAACCAUCUACUUAAAGAGCAUUUGAUUUUCAUUUUCAUAGGUAGGAAUUGUUUUUCAUUCUUAUAGACAGGAAGUUUAAAAAGGCCAUGAAAUUGAUAUUUGACCAGGAAGCUAAUUUGUUUAGAAGGUAGUUUUUAUCAUCAUGUACAUGUUAGUUUAUCACCCACUUUGAUUUUUGAGGUCAAACAUUACUCUCUAAAUAUAAAAUCCAUAUGGAUCAAGUGCUGUAUGACUAAUGUAACAAUGGGAUUUUCUUCAAUGUAUAUAAAAUUUAUGUCAAAUCUGGGUUUUCGAGGUGAAACGUUAAAUCACAAAGCAAAUGAAGUGUCAGUAUAUAUAUAUAUACUAUAUAGACAGGGUUUUCAAUUUCUAAGAACACUUGACCUUAGAAGAUGUGUCAUAGAGGAAUUGCCCGAGGCCCUUGGGCAAUUAGAAUGUUUAGAAGAGCUAAAUUUAAGUUAUACAUCUCCCUGAUAGCAUUUGUUUGCUAAAACAUUUGAAAAUACUCAUUCUUCAGUGUUGUGUAGUUCUUGAAAAGUUACCGGAUGAUGUCGGUCAGUUAGAAUCUUUGUAUGAUUUAGAUCCAUCAUGGUGUUAUAGUAUGAGAGAUAUUCCGAGCAGCAUGUGUACAUUGAAACAACUGAACGCUUUGGACCUUUAUCUUUGGUCAAUUAGAAAGAUUCCAAGCAGCAUUUGUAUCUCAAGAAGUUACACCUUGAAGGCUGUAGGAUGAAUAUCUGAGGCUUAUCUUACUUUGUUUUUGGUAUCUGAAAUAGAUAUGAUUACAUGUAACUUUAUAAACAAUUAUAUGAGAAUUAUCUUUACUUUCUUAUUUUAACAGGUGCAGCGGGCAGGUUUGUAAAUAAUCAUAUCAUCAGAUCUGAACUAAUGUUGCUAAGCUGAUCACAGAUCAACUGCUGUUAAAUUGCUCAAUUGCUGAUUUAUGAGGGACACAGUGGCUCGAUUAAGAAUUCAAAAGUUUGACGAAAAGGCCAGUCGUCCAUACAUGAAUAUGUAACCCUUAAAACUAAACCAUACUUCUGUGUCAUUUUCUUUGGCUCAAUCUAGCUACAACAUUAUAUUCAAUGGAUUUCAAGGUUACACAUUUUUAAACAUUUCUAGAAGAUAUUGGCUUGUCUUUCUAACUUAAAGACUUGACAAUGAUCUUAAGCUUGAAGAUUAUGAGAUAGUCAUGUACCUUCCAAUUUCUUUGCUAAAAGCUCACUGAUUAUAA